AUGCCCAGUGAUGCCCUGACGCCUCUGAGAAUGCGUCACACCUCACCUAUGUUCGCCCCACACCUAUGGGAUGUACAUGACGCCACCAUGAACAACAAUGCUCGUACCAACAACAGUUGUGAAGGGUGGAAUAAUAAGUUGUUCAACCUCGUCGGUCACUACCAUCCCUCAAUCUGGCACGUCAUUGAAUGGUUUCAGCUUGAAGAAGCGACAGUGAGCACCAUUAUCAAGCAGGAUGCUGUUGGCAACCCAUUUCAAAGAAGAGUUCGUCGACGCUAUGUGCAGCUACAAGAACGCCUUCGCAACUUUUGUGUUGUUCGACGGGAGGAUCACAAGACUGUAACACAUUUUCUUCGUGGCGUCGGUUGGAAUGUUACUCAUCAACACUAA